AUGGGUUUGCUGACUAUUCUAAAGAAGAUGAAGCAGAAGGAGCGAGAGAUGAGGUUGCUCCUCCUUGGCCUGGAUAAUGCUGGGAAGACAACCAUCUUGAAGCGUCUUAGUGGUGAAGAGAUCGAGAGCAUCUCACCAACACUGGGAUUCAAUAUUAAGACCCUUGAGCACCAGGGCUUUCAGCUUAACAUUUGGGAUGUUGGUGGGCAGCGGAGCCUGCGGUCAUAUUGGCGUAAUUAUUUUGAGAGCACUGAUGGCCUGGUGUGGGUAGUGGAUUCCUCUGACCUUCAGCGAUUAGAAGACUGUCGUCAAGAGCUUCAGUCUCUUUUGAAAGAAGAAAGAUUGGCUGGUGCAAGUCUUCUGGUCCUGGCAAACAAGCAAGAUCUUCAGGGUGCUGUUUCACCUUCUGACAUUAGAGAUAUCCUCUCCUUGAAUGACAUCACAACUCAUCACUGGCAGAUUGUGGGUUGUAGUGCAGUAACAGGAGAACAACUUGUCAGUGCCAUCAACUGGCUCAUUCAAGAUAUUGCUCAUCGCAUAUUCACAAUGGACUGA